GUGCUGAGGAGGGAGUUGCGAAUGCUCCUGGCCAUCCACCAGGAGAAAUCACAGGAACCAAUCUGAACAAUGGGCAUGACCAGUAAAUGGAACAGAUGGAUGAAUGAGAAUGUACUGGUGGUUGCUGUCAUCAGCUGGGCACUCUUUUCUCCAGUAACUGUGAGUGCCUGGACUUAUCAUUAUGGGACUGAAUCAGAGCUGACGUGGCAAGAUGCAAGGACAUAUUGCCGAACCUUCUACACUGACUUGGUAGCAAUCCAAAACCAAGAAGAAAUCCAUUACCUCAAUAAAUACAUACCACGCCAUAAAACAUACUACUGGAUCGGGAUCCGGAAGAUGAACAACGUUUGGACCUGGGUGGGAACCAAUAAAACCUUGACAAAGGAGGCGAAGAAUUGGGCUAAGGGUGAACCCAACAACAAACGUUCUAACCAGGACUGUGUUGAGAUUUACAUUAAAAGGGAUUUUGAGUCCGGGAAGUGGAAUGAUGAACCUUGCACGAGAAAGAAGCGGGCACUGUGCUACACAGCAUCUUGUCAGCCUUCUUCCUGCAGUCAGAAUGGUGAGUGUGUGGAGACCAUUGGGAACUACACCUGCCGCUGUUAUCCUGGCUUCUCUGGGCCCGAGUGUGAAGAUGUCAUCAAGUGCAGGGAGCUUGGUGCUGUCCACAGGCUGCUAUCCAUGAACUGCAGUCAUCCUCUGGGGUACUUCAGUUACAAAUCCAGCUGUGUCUUCAGUUGUAAGGAAGGUUUUGAAGUGAGUGGACCAGACACCCUGCAGUGCUCACCUUAUGGGAACUGGACAGCACAGAUGCCACAGUGUGUAGCUGUACAGUGCCGACCAUUAAAUACCCCUGCAUAUGGUGAGCGCCACUGUUCUCCCAUCUAUGGGGAAUUCCAGUACCAGUCUACUUGCCAUUUUAACUGCACAGAGGGCUUUGUAGUACACGGAGCAGAAACCAGUAUAUGUGAAUCAUCUGGUGAAUGGACUUCCUCAGAGCCAAUGUGUCAAGUCAAACAGUGCCAGGACAUAAAAUCUCCUGCAAGAGGAAUGAUGAAUUGCAUACAUCCAUUAGGUGACUUUGCAUACAACUCCACUUGCAGCUUUGCUUGUGAAGCUGGAUUUCAGCUCACUGGCUCGGAGAUCUUGUAUUGCAAUGCAUCCAGUCAGUGGACAACAGAUGUACCCACCUGUCAUGCUAUUCAGUGCCAGCUCCUGGGUGUCCCCAUUCAUGGAAACCUCACCUGCUCCCACCUCCAUGGGGAUUUUCAGUAUCAAUCCAGAUGCACCUUCCAUUGUAUGGAAGGCUUUCGUCUGCUUGGAGAAGAGGUGACUUUAUGCGCAGCAACUGGAGAGUGGACGUCUCCACCACCAGUUUGUCAAGUUAUUGACUGCCCAAAGUUGGACACCCCCAAGAACGGAGGAUUAAAUUGCUCUCAUCCGCAUGAAGAUUUUGCUUAUAGUUCAGUCUGCACCUUUUCCUGCGAUACGGGGUUUGUGCAGGUUGGACAAGAAAGGCUUCAGUGCACAGCCCUGGGAAGGUGGACAGAGAAACCACCCUUUUGUAAAGCUGUGAAAUGCCACAGUCUGCAAGGCCCUGAGAAAGGGAAAAUGACCUGUUCUCAUCCCAUUGAAGAAUUUGCUUACCAAUCUGCUUGUGAUUUUACUUGUGAUCUUGGCUUUGCCUUGGCUGGAACAAAAGCAAUAGGUUGCCUGGAAACUGGAAACUGGAGCGACUUUUUACCAACUUGCCAGGUUAUUGACUGCCCAAAGUUGGAUACCCCUAAGAAUGGAGGUUUAAACUGCUCUCAUCCGCAUGGAGAUUUUACUUAUAGUUCAGUCUGCACCUUUUCCUGCGAUGCGGGGUUUGUGCAGGUUGGACAGGAGAAGCUUCAGUGCACAGCCCUGGGAAGGUGGACAGAGAAACCACCCCUUUGUGAAGUUAUUGACUGUCCAAAGUUGGACACCCCCAAGAACGGAGGAUUAAACUGCUCUCAUCCGCAUGGAGACUUUGCGUAUAGUUCAGUCUGCACCUUUUCCUGCGAUACGGGGUUUGUGCAGGUUGGACAGGAAAGGCUUCAGUGCACAGCCCUGGGAAAGUGGACAGAGAAACCACCCCUUUGCGAAGCCAUCCAGUGCCCAGUUCUGCAUGCCCCGGACAAUGGCCAUUUUAACUGUUCUCAUCCCCAUGAAGAUUUUGCAUAUGGCUCCAGCUGCAACUUGUUCUGCAAUACUGGUUUCCAGCUUGUUGGAUCGGAUAUACUGGACUGCACGGCCAGUGGAAAUUGGACAGAGCGACUGCCAUCUUGCAAAGCUGUUGAGUGCCCUGCCCUAGGGACUCUAGACAACGGCCAGGGAAACUGCUCACAUCCACAUGGAUCCUUUGCAUUCAACGCCAGCUGUGUCUUCUCCUGUGACUCCGGUUUUGAGUUAGUUGGCUCAGAGAUGCUUCAAUGCAUGGCUGAAGGAAACUGGACAAGGGAUAUGCCGAUCUGUGAAGCUGUAUCAUGUCCCCAGCUGUGGAAUCAGGAACAUAUGGAGAUCAACUGUUCCCAUCCUUGGGAUACUUUCCGCUAUAGUUCAACAUGUUAUUUCCGCUGUGCUGAUGGGUAUCUCCUCAAUGGGACAAGCAGGAUGGAGUGCCAAUUCGAUGGCCAUUGGUCUGCUGAGAUUCCAGUUUGCAGAGAAAACACUGCUCCUUUUCUCAAGCAAGUUCUGCUCUAUACUGGUGGAAUCACAGCAUCUGUAAUUGGCCUGCUAGUAUCUGGAACGCUAAUAGUUCUAGUAAUGCGACAUUUUAGCAAAAAAGAAGAAAAAAAUAAGCUCUUGAAUUCCACCAGUGAUUUGGGAGCACCUGGAGUCUUCUCCAAUGUAGCAUUUGAUUCCUUUUCUUAAGGAGACCCACACAGAACUAAUCUGGAAGAUGACCCUAGGAGGUCACAGUGGAUGGAACUUUCCUGCACUUUUGUAUUUCAUUUAGUGUGCCUCUGGAGUCAAUGUAGAGCUGGAAAAAAAUCAGACUGAAACACCUUCCUCUGCUUGGAUCUUGCCAUGCUGAACUUUGUUUCUCCAUCCAGCAUAGCAUUUCAAGGACGUUGCAUCAUUUACUGUUACACUCUCUCAGAUGACCAUAUUUUUUUCCUGCUAUCGGACUCAACCAACUUAUAAAGUGAAGGAAGGUCCCAUGGAGAUGCUGCCGCUACGAAACCAUGUCAGCAUCUAUGGUAAAUGGUGCUUUUCUGAAAUAAUCAGUUCUUCUUGCUUCACUUGAACUCCUCAUCAGCUAAUGACUGCUUUUUGAAAAAUCAGAUCUCUCUCGAGUUUAAAACUCAGAUCCAUAAAUCUGCAUUCCUGCACAGCCCUGUUGACUCAUGCCACAUAUACCAGGUUACUACAUCCCUCCCUUAUUAUACCUUGCUCCCUAAAUUAGGAAAAGUUAUUCCUGAACCAAGAAAGUGUCAUUAUUGUGGGGCACAAAUUCAGCUACCAAAUAUGCUCUAUUCUAGGGGUGGUGCUCUAUUCCAGGGGUGGCCAAUUGGCCAUGCUGGCAGGGGCUGAUGGGAAUUGCAGUCCAUGAACAUCUGGAACACCACAGGUUGGCCACCCCUGCUCUAUUCAAAAAGAUAUGCUGGCUUGUGGAAGUCUUAUUCAUCCACCCCUUUGGCUUCUGUGAUUUCACCAAGAAUUGCUUACAUUACUUUCAAGCAGAUUGUUGUAACUAAUCAGGACUAGAAACCAGAUUGUGAAAAAGUGAAAGGUAUGAUUCUCAGGAAACCAGAUUCGGCAUUCAUAACUAUUCCAUGAAUUUAUGUUGGAUUGUAAAACCACACAUAGCUCUGGUGAUGUCUUAUUCCUUGUUGAUUAACUGGUUUCUUCAUGUAAACAGAGCCAGUUGCCAAGAAUAGGAUGAACAUUUUUGACGUGGGGUGAAUCCAUGCAUUUGCUUCACAAUGCAAAUCCUUAUUAUACCAAAACAAGGCUUAAUUC